CUCCAUGUUUGUCGAAGAACGAGUUCGUAAAUCUUGCCCCAAGCGUACUCUUCGGUUCUGAUUUGGCGUUUGAAAGUGUUCGCUUGCGCUUCGAAGCGUUUGUGUUUUCCAUACUGUCUUUGGAGAAGCUGCUUUGGUCUUUGGCGUCGGCGCGCGCGCGUCACUCCAACGUCCCGCAGUGGACGCGUAACAGUUAAAAAAAAAAAAAAAAAACGCGCAGCCCACACUUGUCUCGGAUGGCCGCUCACGGCCCCAUUCCGUCCCCCGGCCGGCUGCCGGUUCCUCGGUGAGUUGCGCCCUCUUUUCGUAUGAACGAGAGGACAGCGGCGAGGGGUCGCGGCCAGGAACAGCAGCUGAGCCGGCCGGGCGUCAGGAUGAGGAUGCCCCGAGGAGGACGCCUGUUUCUGGCGACGUGCCUGGGCUCUCUCGCGGUCCUGGUGCUUUACUACCAGAGUAUCGGCAAGCCCGAACCCAGUGUUGGGACAGGCAGCAGACCAGAGAAAAGCAGGAGAAGUCCACUGCAGACACUCUAUAGUGGAGACCAGCAGCUGCAGCUGUUGGCUGAUCAGAAGUCACUUCAAGGUCGCAGGGAGCUGCUGGAGCAGGCUUGUUUGAGUCACACAAAGAAGCGGCGGGUGCUUUCUCCAGAGGAUCUCAAACACCUCAUUGUGGACGACAAACACAGCCUCAUUUACUGCUACGUACCCAAGGUCGCCUGCACCAAUUGGAAGCGGGUCAUCAUGGUCCUCACCAGCGACGGCCGCUACACCGAACCCCUCGCCAUCCCCGCCAAUGAGGCCCACGUAGCGGGCAACCUGCGCACACUGUCCGAGUUCUCGGUCCCCCAGAUCAACCGCCGCCUCCGCAGCUACCUCAAGUUUGUCUUCGUGAGGGAGCCUUUCGAGCGCCUGGUGUCGGCCUACCGCAACAAAUUCACACUCAGCUACAACACAGCUUUCCACAAACGCUACGGAACCAAGAUCAUCCGCCGGCACCGGACUCAGCCCGACCCGGAGGCUCUGAAGAAAGGGAACGACGUGACUUUCCAGGAGUUUGUCCAGUAUCUCGUAGACCCUCGCACCCAACGUGAGGAGCCUUUCAAUGAGCACUGGGAGAGCGUCCAGUCCCUCUGCCAUCCGUGUCUGAUCCACUACGACGUGGUGGGCAAGUAUGAGACGCUGGAGCCUGAUGCCCACGCUGUGCUCUCGUUGGCGGGCGUGGAGGACAUGCUUCAGUUCCCGACGUCCGGUAAAAGCACCAGGACAGACGGCAACAUGGCGGCACGCUACUUUAAGCACAUUAGUCCCUUUUACCAGAAGAGACUGUUCAACCUCUAUCGUAUGGACUUCCUGCUAUUCAACUACUCGACACCAGAGUAUCUGAGAACUUGAUGAGAGGGGCUUGAGUUUAUGAUUCAGACUCAAUUGCUUCAUGAUGGUGAAUUUGCACUUUUUCGUCACUGUGGACUGAGAAGUUUCCUCCUCCUUGCUGUACGAUGAGCCUCAGAUGCAGAGGACUUCUUAAUUUUCUGGUUAAAUUUACUUUGUACUAGGGCUGGGCGAUAUGGCCUUGAAAUAGUAACAUCCCCCCCGAAAAAAAUUUAUUUCCAAUUUUGAUCCCCCCCCCACCCCCCUUCUAUAAAAAGCAAAUUACAAAUGACAUUCAAAACUUGGAGAAAGUGGCCUUUUAAACACAAUCCUGAAUACAUUUGAAUACAACAUUCAAACUGUUCAACAAUGUAACAUCAAAUUAACAAAAAAUAAUCCCUCUGAGAUUAAUAUAUAACAAAACUGUCACUGAACAUGUCACGAAUAAAAGGUGCUGCUUUCAAACAAAAUGAACCUUAAAUUUUGACAAGGAAAAUAAGUCUGUCUACAACAUGAGUAACUGUUACAAUGUCACCUCAACACUAAAAACCUCUCUGAUGGGAUACUUGGAGAUAGAGAGCUAUUUCGAGCCUGUAUUAUUCAGCCGUGAGAAGUUUAUUUCGUGUUGCUGUAAUGUUUGGGGAACAUCCGGUUGUUCUUAUUGUGAAGUCACACCACCGGAAGUACCGUAGUUGGGUAAAAAGUGAUACACUGUAACUUGAUUGGAAUAGACCCCAGUGAAGUGUGUGAUGCAUUUAGAUAAACUGUAGCACAGAUUGUAUGUAGUACAAUCACAACAGCUGCUACCAAGUGAAGUGGAUCAGUGUAAAGAUAAAUAAACAGGCACCGUGUCUUUUUUAAUAUUCGGCGCAAAUGAAUAGCGGGCUUUCAAUGUGAAAUCAUUCUAAUAAACUGUCUUGUUUUUUAGUGAGGGUUUUCCCCUCCGUGCUAUACGCUUUGGUUUCAACAAUCUUUAAGCAAACUGUUUGUUUGUUUGUUGUAAUUCAAAAUGACUGAAAAAAAAAAAAAAAGAUGAUGCCUUUUUCGGAAACUAGUUCCUCUGUUUGCGUCAUAUCUUCGGUGAAAAUAGUGUGCGCCAGUGGGCUACGAAAUUCCAAGGGGAAUUUUUGUUUUUGGGGGGGGGGGUGGGCUAGACGAUGCAACCCCCAAAGAGAACGACAUCGACUAAAUCGAUGAAUCACCCAGCCCUACUUUGUAGAUGAGGCUGCAUCACUUUUUCGCAUGGCUCAAGCUGAGGGCCGAUGAGUGAAGCCUUAUUUUUGAGGAGCAGGUUCUCCUACCACAUGGAGGUACUGACUGUGAACAUGGGCAUUUAUUCCAAAGCACCUCUGAUAUCAGGAAAAACCCUAAAUUAUACAUGUCGGUGCAUUAGGUAUUUAUUGUUGUACAGAUACUAGUGCAGUCUUAUUGGCUAGGGGAUGGGAAAUAUGCAAUCUGAUAGCAUUGCGAUAUCACGUUACAGGUGUUAUGUGAUAAGGUCACUGGAUGAAAACAGUCUAUGAUAUAUCACAAUAUCUAUGUAAUUGAAGGAGGGAAAGGUAAUAGAAAUGUCUUUAAUUUUAAGAAAUUGCAUUUGGCAUGUGCAUAUUUACCUAUUAAUCAACCAAUUUUGCUAGUUGUGUGGAACUGUUGAUUAAUCGCGAAUUGCCACCAGCAGAAGCACUCUUGAUUCGUUCUCUACAAUUUUACCAGUAUAAAGAACAACAUGAAGUUGAGCUACUCCUCCAGGUAAUAUUAAUUCUGAUCAAUAUGACGCUGCCAACGUAACACGAGCUCAGAACAUUCUGAGAUUCUCCUAUCCCGUUUAAAAAAAAAAAAAAAAGUCACACACAGUGGCACUGUACAUACUAGGACAUCAGAUAGCGUCGAUACUAGUGUACCCUGAGAGACGACUGCAAUAUCGAUUUUUUUUUUUUGUCCCACCCCUACCAUCAAUAGACUUUGGGUGCAGAGUUUGGGUGAGAAUGGUUUUCUUACAAAGAGCCAGUUACUUGGUUUUUGCACAUGAACUGAUGCCAAAUAAAAAUCCCAACUUUAUUUGUUUAGAACGCA